AUGCGCUCCGUAACAAGGCCGCUGUUGCUCCUCGUUGCAGCUGCAGCGCUAUGCUCUGCAAGCCCGCUACCCAGAGAUGAUCUCCAUGAUCGUGGCUACUCAUACUUGAAGCACCGAGCAUGCGACUCACCCUGUGGCUCCGACAAUCAAUACUGCUGCGACUCUGGCGAGACCUGCCAAACAGCUGAUGGAGUCGCAAACUGUGUCGUCGCCAAGGGAGGCUGGGUCGGCGACUAUACCACCACCUGGACUGAGACCAGAACCUAUACCAGCACAAUCAUGACUCGUUGGGAGCCUGCCCCCGAGCCUACAAAGGGCAUCAACUGUGUGCCCAAGAACGACGAGCAGGAGCAGUGCGGUGAGAUCUGCUGCGCUGGCUGGCAGACUUGUGCCUUCAAGGGCCAGUGUUCGGCAAAGCCUGGUUACGACGAGCCCACCGCUGUUGUCAUCACUACCGACGGAAAAGUCACCACCCGAUACUCGGCUCCUUACCGAGUCACCGGUACUACCACCAUCACCAACAGCGGCGCACCCACCGAGUCCGAGUCCGCGACUGAGACUGAGACCGAUGCAUCUGCCACAGCCACCGAGACCAGCGAAGGCGCUGCAGCUGGCGAGAGCGGUACUGGCGGUGGAGGCCUGAGUGCCGGUGCCAUUGCUGGUAUCGUCAUCGGUGUCAUUGCCGGCAUUGCCCUCCUCAUGCUUCUCUGCUUCUGCUGUAUCGCCCGCGGUCUCUGGGUCGCCCUCUUCGGCAAGAAGGACAAGGAGAAGAGCGAGACAGUCGACGUCUACGAAGAGCGAUACUCCCGCCACGGAAGCCGCCCACCUGCUUCGGCCUCUGCUCACUCUCGACGACCUCGACACAAGGGCUGGUUCGGCUUCGGCGGUAAAGGCAAGGGUGGUUCUCCCUCUUCGGCCGGCGAUCGUCGUGAGAAGAAGUCGGACGGCAAGAAGUGGCUCGGCAUUGCUGGUCUCGCGGCCACGCUCCUGGCCCUCCUCAAUCUCAAGAAGGACAAGCGACCUGCGAGCACCAAGCCCGCGCGCUCAUCCCGUGGAUCAUCACGUUCACGAUACAGCGACUCAUACUACUCAUACAGCGACUACACCAGUCCCAGCAGCUCAAGCUCAGGCGGACGAACAAACCGUACUCGUCGUACAAGGGACAGCCGGGCGAGGUCGUACUACUCUCGCGACAGCCGGCGAUGA